UCAGAAGCUACAGGGAAUCAGCCUGAGUUGGGGCGGGGCAGAGGAAGCUCCAGGCUGCAGAAAGCUUUAAGACCAGCUGAACCGAACAUCAUCAACAGAGAUCACAAUGAGGCUGGGAGCAAUCAAGACCUAUGUGCAAAAAGGAUACUGAUCACCACCACCCCCUGGCUCCUCCCAUUAUGGCACCUGCUUCAAGUUUGGGAUUCAGUCAUCUCAAAUGUCUCAGAUUCAAAUGCAGAAGGAUGACUUCCCUAUGCCCUUGUGUGCAGCUGCUCAGAUGUGCUUUUCUCCAUCUGGAAACUUGUGAACGAAAGAUAUCUGGAGAAAACAAAUUGCAGACAUGAAUAUUAUCACCAGGAUCUGAAGACUCUAAAGGUUGCUCUUCAGGCUUGUCAUGGAUUUUUUUGGAGAAAGGAAAUCUGUGAAAUUAUGUGAAUAGAGAACAUUUUUCAAAAACCAUGGGGGAAAGAGAAAGAAGUCCAGAUAAUGAUCAAGAAAGUAAGACAGACAAACAUUAUUACUCUUAUUCUUCAUCUGAUUUGGAAACUACUCAACAAUCUUCUGGCCGGUCAUCGCUAGUCAAGUCCUCUUCACCUAAGAGUAAAAAGGGAAAAAAUCCUAAAAGACAGAUUUCAGAUAGCCAAGUACAUCACCAAGCCACUAGGAAGCCAAGCCCUAAGGAUCCACCAAACAGAAAGGGAGUCCGAGUGGGAUUUCGCUCCCAGAGCCUCAAUAGGGAGCCACUUCGGAAAGAUACUGAUCUUGUUACAAAACGGGUUCUUUCUGCAAGACUGCUAAAAAUCAAUGAAUUGCAGAAUGAAGUAACUGAACUCCAGGUCAAGUUAGCUGAGCUGCUAAAAGAAAAUAAGGCUUUGAAAAGGCUUCAAUACAGACAGGAGAAAGCCCUGAAUAAGUUUGAAGAUACAGAAAAUGAAAUCUCACAACUUAUUGCUCAUCAUAACAAUGAGAUUACAGCACUCAAAGAACGCUUAAGAAAAUCUCAAGAGAAAGAACGGGCAACUGAGAAAAGGGUGAAAGAUACUGAAGGAGAACUAUAUAGGACAAAAUUUUCCUUGCAGAAACUGAAAAAGAUCUCUGAAGCUAGACACCUACCUGAACGAGAUGAUUUGGCAAAGAAACUGGUUUCCGCAGAGUUAAAAUUAGAUGACACCGAGAGAAGAAUUAAGGAACUAUCCAAAAACCUUGAGCUGAGUACCAACAGUUUCCAGCGACAGUUGCUUGCUGAAAGGAAAAGGGCAUAUGAAGCUCAGGAUGAAAAUAAAGUUCUUCAAAAGGAGCUGCAACAACUGUAUCACAAAUUAAAAGAAAAGGAGAGAGAACUGGAUAUAAAAAACAUAUAUUCUAAUCGUCUGCCAAAGUCUUCUCCAAAGAAAGAAAAAGAACUUAGAUCAAGAAAAAAUGCUGCAUGCCAAAGUGAUUUUAUAGACCAGUGUACAAAAGGAGUACAAACCAGUGACGACUUCGAGCUGGAAGAAUUUCCUAUAACACCACAAACAGUUAUGUGUUAUGAAAACAAAUGGGAAGAACCUGAACGUCUUACUUUGGACCUGGAAUUGCAAGAAAGAGGUGAGCAUGAAGAAGCAGGGAUGCUAAACCCAAUUGUGAAAAGAGAAGAAAAAUUUGUGAAAGAUCAAGGAUUCCGUGUUGUAAAACAGGAGGUUGAGAAGCCGGAGGAUGAGUGGGAAAGAGAAGAACUUGCUAAAAAGGAAAAAGACAAGGUAUCUUUGCUGGAGAGAGAAGAAAAGCCCGCAUUGGAAACUGGAAGAUACCAAAUGGAAAUGUACCAAAUUCAAAACCUUGGUAAAUUAGAAGAAGAGGAAGAAGAAAGGCUGAAGAGAGAAAUGCUACUUGCUAAACUGAAUGAAAUCAACAGAGAACUUCAAGAUUCUCGGAAUCUAAAAUGCCCUCCUCUGCCAUUGCCACCUGAUUUGGAAUCAAAACUGCACUUCCCAGAGAGAAGCCCCAAAACAUCCAUGUUCUGUGAAUCCUCAGAGAGAGUGUUUAAUGGGCAUCAUUUGCAAGACAUCAGCCACUUUGCUACAAAAGGAGACGGUCAGAAUCCAGGAAGUAUUAGAAGCCCAGCCUCUCCAAAUGAGCUUGCAUUUGGCAGCUAUGUGCCUUCAUUUGCAAAAAACACAUUUGCAAAAACGUCAAAUCCAUUUAGCCAGAAGAGUGGCCUUUUGGAUCUCCAAAGAAACAGUAUAGAGAAACUUGGUAAAGACAGUGUAGAUUUAAUUACAAGAAAAGAGAAAAAAGCUCAUCUGAUGGAACAGUUAUUUGGUGUCAGUGGCAGCAGCAGCACCGUUUCCUCUAAAAGCAGUGACCCAAAUUCUCUGGCUGCCGGCAAAGGAGACUUUGACUCUCUCAGUUUUCCCCCUGGGGAUAAGAGCAGUAGGGAUAGAGAACGUGAUGAAAAUGACGACUUUUUCCUCAGCGAAGGAAGAAGUUUUAAUCUAAAUAGACACCGAUUGAAACAUGCAAACAGUAAACCAGCAGUAAAAGUAGUUGAAUCUGUAGAAGAUGAAAUUGAAGAGGUAGUCCUGAGAUGACUGAUGACAGUAUAUACUUUUUCCAAUUGUAAAUAUUAAAAUAUUUUAAUACAAUAUUUAUUAUACACAUUUAGAAUUUUUAAUAUGAAAAGCCCUUAUUAAGGAAUGAUUUUUAAUAGAGAAAUACAGUAUAAAUGAAAAGUAGAUCAUAUCAUGCCACAUAGCUAGUUUGCCAAGAAUGAAGGAGACUUUUGAAUGAAACCAAAAAUAGAGAUGUAUCUUACUUGGUUUUGACUUUUUAUUUACAAAUAGUUUUACCUUUUAAUCAGAUCUAUAGGAAGUUUUACUCCAUUGGAGUUCAUAUUUAUUUCCUAUUUUUAAUCCCUAUUUGUUUACUUAUUUUUGGUCAUAUCCUUACUGACCUAAAUAUAGUCUUCCUCCUGAAAGUUGAGUGGAAAUUAAGGGUGAGAGGCUCUGGGUUAGGAAGCAUAGCUCCCAGAUGGUGGAGAGCUGGUGCUACUUAGCAGCCCUGUGCUCCGUGGGCAGGACAGGGGUCCCUUUCUAACAAACAGGGCAAAGCUGAGCUACUCUUAAGUGGGAGCAGUGACAACACAGGGGCUGCAUUUAAGAGCUGCAUUAAAUCACUUACCUACGACUGUGCUAACAUAUUAAAUUCAGAAGACAUUUGUCUGUUUGCAUGGAUAAUUCCCCUAUCAUGGCUCCCGGAGGCUUGGUAUCCUCUCCUUGUUCUCCUACACUCUUUGUAUCACAGUGACUGGGUUUGAGAUUUCAUACCCAAAUACACAAAACUGAAGAGAUUUCAUCCUAAUACAGAAACUCAAUUAUGUUUCCAGAGUAUGUAACUUGGAAAUUCUAGUAUAUAUUUUAAGGUUUGAACUUAUGUCAAAACCAACAAUAGACAAUGAGAGUGUAAUACUGUUGGACUUGUAGGACUAAUUAUAAAGCAACCUUGGGUUAAAAAUGUUUUAGAGGUGGGCUUCUGCCUUGCUAAGUAGGGCGGAUGUUUUUCUGUUGAAAUGCAUUGGUCUUCUUUUGCUCUUUGUAGCUCACUUCAUCUGCAGAGGAGUUGAUGACCUUGGACUGCUGGGUAUGAUUGGUCUUUAAGAAGCAGUAAUAUACCACCAACCAUGGAGAAAACACUGUUAAAAUGAAGAGUGGUGGAAAUAGUGUGUCAGGGGAAGCAUAAAAAAAUGUAGAUUGACACUUAUUCUAAAGUGAGCUUUUUUUCCUUCAAAAAUUUCAAAAAUUUAGUAUGUAUUUGCUAAUGGUAUGAUUUCUGAUGCCAAGUAUAUAUACUGAUAGAUGAGGGGACCAGAGUUACUGUUUUACCUUGAGUUCUUAUGAAUGCUGAUUAUUGAAUAUAAUUUCAUAACUAUUUGGCAAGACUUACCUGGAUAGGUCUCUAAUGAAAAGAUAGGCUAUCUGUCAUCUUCUAAAUUGUGUUACUGUCAUUGAUUGGGAACAAUCUCCCAGAAGUGCUAAACUACAUUAAAAUUUUUUUUUAGUAAAGAGGUUUGAUGUCUGAUUAAAAAAAAGCUUGUUGCAAAUCAUUCUAAUAUAUGUAAACCACAUUAUCAUAAUUCAGUUCUUGAUAAAAUAUUAUGUAAUGUUAAUUUUGUUCAUAGCUGCUAAUUUUUCUGCCAAAAGUAUUCUGAUUUUUAGGUUGUUUUAAGAGGCUUUUUAAAAGCCUUUUAGUAAAGUUUUAUAUUGAGAUCA